UUAAUGAUAAAUAAAGUGAUAAUUAAAUUAAUAAUUGAAAAUAAAAAUAAAUAAAAAAAUAUUUUCAAUAUAAACAAAACGGAAGUUGAUAUAGAAAAUAUAAUAUGCUUCAAUUCGAUAUAUAAUCGCCAUCUUCAUUUUAAUAUUAGAAGAUAAAAUAGUUUCAAUAUAAAAAGAUAAUAUAUUUAAAUAUUUUGCUGCAAUUACCAUUAAUUUUUUACUUUAAACUUAUAAGACAAUGAAUGUUAGUAAUGGAGUAAAACGAGUUUUGCUAAAACUUGAUAAUUCUAUUAAUAAUGGAAAUUAUUAUGAAGCUCAUCAAAUGUAUAGAACUUUAUAUUUUAGAUAUCUAGGUCAACAAAAUUUCUCAGAUUUGAUUCGCCUAUUACACAAUGGAUCUCUUUUAUUACUUCAACGCAAACAAUACACAAGUGGAGCUGAUUUGGGGAUGUUAUAUAUAGACGUACUUAAAAAGUCGAAAGAAAAGCCAUCUUUCUCAUAUUUUGAAAAUAUUAUUGAUUUGUUUUCAUUAAUGGAUUCAACUUCUCCUGAAAGAGAAACAUUUGUAAACAAUGCUCUUCGUUGGAGUAAUAUUGGUACUAAUUAUAGGAUUGGACAUCCUAAAUUACACCAACGAUUUGCAGAAAUUUAUUGGAAAGAAAAAAAUUAUUUGUAUGCUCGUCAACAUUUUCUGUAUUCUAGCAACGGCGAUAAAUGUGCUACAAUGAUGGUAGAGUUUUACGAAGAGCAAGGUUAUACGAACGAAAUCGAUCUUUUCAUUACACAAAUAGUAUUACAGUAUCUUUGCUUAGAUGAUAAAAUUUCUGCAAUGGAAGCAUUUGAUUUCUAUAUAAAAAAACAUCCAAAAAUUGAAGGAACAAUACCAUUUAUGUUACCUUUACUGAAUUUUUCAUUUUUAUUACUUGAGCUAACUAAAAAUGGAACGUUGUCUUCAUUUACUAUUUUGUGUGAACAAUAUUUUACAAGUUUGACGAGAGACCCUUCAUUUUUACAUUAUUUGGAGAAAAUCGGCAAGCAAUAUUUCAAUACAUCAUCAAGCCACAAUUCCGACAGAGGAUUAUUUAGCUCAUUUUUACAAUCAUUGUUCGAUGGUAUAGAAGAAGAUAAGGCUCUUGAAAAAAAUGAAUUAUCAACUGACUUAAUGGUUGACUUAGACUAAAGAUUGAUUACUUCAUGAGUCAAUUCAAUGUUUUUAAAAAAAAUAAUUACGUAAAUAAAGUUAUCUGGAUCGAUUUAUCAAUAAUGAAAUAUUCAGAAAGUUGUGAUUUUUAUCUCAUUUUUAAAUUAUGUUAUAUUAUUAUAUAUUUAUGUUUAAGAUACAUAUAA